AAACUCCAACUUUCGAUUAAAGCUGAUCUCGAGAAUGUAACUGAUCUCGAGCCUGCAGCGGACGAUUUCGAGUUCUUCUUUAAGGUGAAGUGUACAAGCUGCAAUGAAGAACAUCCCAAGGAGGUGACUCUGAAUCGUGAAGAGCACGAAAUGAGCUUCGGAAAGGGGAAUACGGCUCAUUUCGUAUGGCGAUGUUCAUUAUGCAAGAGAGAAAGCUCUGCGAGGUUUGAGCCCCAACCUCUGAAACCAUAUAGUGCGGAAUCUAGUGGAAGCCUUACGCCAUUCCUCACUCUAGACUGCAGGGGUCUAGAGUUUAUCGGCUUUAAUCCAAUGGGUAUUUGGAAAUGCAAAGGAACAGAAUCAGGUACUAUAUUUUCCGAAGUCGACUUAACUGAGGGAGAAUGGACAGACUAUGAUGAAAAAGCAUCUCAACCUGUCAGCAUUAUGGAAAUCGAAAGCGAGUGGUCAAGAGUAUGA